AUCCCCUCCUUUCUCCCCUUCCUACGGCUUCUUCUUCUCCUCCUUCUUCCCCUCGCAGAUCUCGCCAUUCCCUCCAACUCCUCUGCCGCCGCCACCGCCCGCCCGCCCGCGUGCCCCUGUUCCGGCCGGCAGAAGAGCCGGACGGACCCGCCCCGCGCCGCGCGCCCCCGACGGCUCUGCCCGUCCCCCUAGGCGUGUGGACCCUCGGUUGGUCGGAGUAGGAUUUGCUUCGCCGUUACGUCGCGGGCUCGCUCGGGGCUCGUCCGGAGACGCAGGAGGCUGUGCGCCACGUGCGGGCGGGAGCGGAGGGUCGUCGUCGUCGUCGGUGGCGGCGGCGGGAUGAAGGGCGUGUCGUCCAUCCCUGCGGCGGCCAUCAUCCCUUCGCCGCUCUUCCUCUGGCGGUUUAAGGCUAUAUUGUUUCUCCUAUGGGGCUUAUGCUGUUGCAAGAUAGGAUGGGAUUCAGUUAUGAGAAUGAGCUUGGAUCUGCGAGACCUAUUUCUAUACGAGGCUUUUUUAUACUAUAAUCCUCUCCUUCUGGUGGCACUGAUGAUUUGGUUAUGGGGAGUAAAUUUGUGGGUAUUUGCGCAAUCAUCUGUAAAUUAUUCCAGAGUGUUUGAUCUUUCUCAGACACAUUUGUCACACCGAGAAAUAUGGAGGUGUGCUACUUGGCUUACUUUAAUUGUUCCAACAAGUAUGACAGCUUACCUGUAUCUAUAUUCUCAUGGGGAAGUGUCCCUUGCAGCAUCUCAACCAGUUCUUUUGUAUGCUGUCCUUCUGAUUAUUCUCCUUUCUCCUUUUGAUAUGUUUUACUUGUCUUCACGCUUUUUCUUUCUGAGGACAAUGUGGCGUAUAAUACUCCCAUUACAAGCAAUUACAUUCCCUGACUUCUUUAUGGCUGAUAUUUUUACAUCCAUGUCAAAGGUGUUUUCAGAUUUGGAACGAUCAGGUUGCCGCAUGGUCCAUCGCCAGGUUGCGACAAUUGCUUGGUUUGAGGCAGAUUCCAUUUGUGGUAGCCACUCUGUAGCUAUUCCUCUAGUUCUUGUGCUACCUUAUUUGUGCCGUUUCUUCCAAUGUCUUCGACAGUACAAGGAUACAAGGGAGAAGACUUGUCUUCUGAAUGCACUCAAGUACUCGACAGCAGUACCCGUGAUUUUCUUGUCAGCUCUCAAGUAUCAUGUGUUCCCUGAAAUUUGGAUUAGCUUCUACCGACCCCUCUGGCUUAUUUCUAGUGUUAUAAAUUCGUUGUAUUCCUUCUACUGGGAUAUAAAGCGAGAUUGGGAUUUGAGCAUUUUAACCAGGAUUUUCAUGUUCAAAAACCCAAGUGUAUGGGCUAAUCUUCUUUAUGGGCAGACCUGGGUAUAUUACUGGGUGUUAGGCAGCAACCUUGUUCUCCGCUGUACAUGGACAUACAAGCUUUCGGCGCAUCUCCGGCACAACUAUCUGACAGUGUUUGUGAUAACAGCCCUGGAAAUGGUGAGGCGGUUCCAGUGGGUAUUUUUCCGCGUCGAGAAUGAGUGGAACAAGAUGACAGCCAAGCAAAAUUUUGAAAUGUCGUCUGAUAUGCCUUCGGAAGGAGACAGGCUGCUGGAUUCUGGCAGCCAUACAGUAUGAGCCCACGGGGCAUUAUAUCUUGGGAUAGCGUUGCAUCAUAUUCAUUUGUUGUUACCCCUAUAGCCCAGUUUCUGUUGCUGGUUCUGUCUUUUGUCAGUAGAGCUCGAAAGGUUGGGGAUACAAGAUAUAGUCUUCUUCUGUAAAAAGCAAAAUAUUCCUCAUGUAAUCUUUUUGAAGAUACGUUCUAUGUGUAAUCCUCUUGAAUCCAAUACAAGUUUUUCAACACAAUGAGAAUAGUAAUGCAGUACCUUUUUUUAAUAAAAUACAUGGUUAUAAUGCUCA